CCAUCAAAUGGCAGGUAAUUCUUACUACUGCGGGUAAAUAUGCCGCCAAACUGCUAGUUCCUUUGAUAGUUUUUUGUUGUUGAAAUGGGGAUAUGAUUGCAUCUUUGGUGGGAAAUGCAGUUAGAGGAAUUUGAACGUGCAGUGAGGUCAAGUUAUGGCAAAGUCUCAAGUGAGGAAGUGAGAAAUAGGCACCGAGACUUUAUAACUGCCAUUGAGGAUAAGAUUGUGAAAAUUGAGCAUUCGUUAAGUGAAUCAGUCAAUCCGGGAGGCAAGGCGUCUCUACCUUGGUUGCAUUUAGAUGAAGGCGAACAGGUUGAGCUUGCUUUGUUUCUUUCAGGAAUGCCAGCAGCUAACAACAGGUAUGUUGAAGAUCCACAGUCAAGUGAAAACGUUGCAGCCAGUAAUUGUUUGAAGGAUUUUCGUGUUUCAUCUGGAUGGGACGACUCAAAUGAGGAGAUAUCACAUGGGCAUCGUCGGGCAGCCAGUGCUAGUGCUGAUAUUGGUUUUUGGAAAGUUUCAGUUCAUGAUGAUGCACAGCAGUGGAGUUCCUCAAGUGGAUCUUCUGGUCCAAUGCACAAGGUACCGAGUUUAUUAGGAUUUCUAAGUUACAUGGAAUCCGUGUCCAAGUUAAAGUGGCCUAGGAAUGGUUAUAGAAAGCUGAAAGCAGCGGAUCAUCAUAAAGAAACUGAUAGGGAACUACUUCCAACAGUUGGAUUGAAUAGGGUGUGUUCUUAAUCUGCACUUGUUCUCUCUAUCUCUCUCUCUCUCAUAACGGUAACUUGCUUGAGUGAUUUUUAUAUUGAAAACAUGGAAACAAUACACGCUGUGAAAGAAGUAAGAGUGGCCUUGAUAGUUGUGAUGAAACCUAUGACAAACAACUCUAUGGAUGGUAUUGUGCUAUUGGGAGACAACUUCAAAGAUCUCAAUACCAAAUGCAAUACAGUCAGCCUGUUCGAAUAGCUGUUUGGAUUGUUGUUCUCCUUUCUUUCAUUGCUUUAAUUACAUUCCACGAAAUGUAAAAUGAAGAUAUAGAUGCCCGAUCUAUCAAUUUGUAGCUGGAGACAUCUCGAGGUACAGACAAGUUUUUGAUGCAAAUUCAUAUAGUCCCACAUUGUCACUUGAGCAGGAGAGAUAGAAUGGAUUUUCUGGAUUCUCACUUAAGCUUUGGUACUACAGUUAGAGUCUACCAUAGGCACUUCCUCAUUUUGUUUUUUGCUUUUCAAUCUGUUUCUCCCCUCCCAUUUCAAAAAUAGUCGAAGAAGAGCUCUCUGUUGUACUAUAUAAUAGUAAGAUGGAAAUGAUAAAAGGGGAUUAGCCUAUUUGAUAUUGUAAUGUG